AUGGGCUGUGCCUUUCAUCUCUUAUCCUAUUUCCCAGAGGAUGCAUGCGGAGCGGCCGUGCACAAUCCGUGUGCGGUGGGCACGUGUGUGAAUGAUGGCAAGGGGUCUUGCUCAUGUGUGUGCCCUCCGGGGUUCAGGCAGGGCACCACCGUUGAUGGCACCUUCUCCUGUGGUCCAGGCGACUCCAGCAGCACAUACACGGUGGUGUCGUGGGGUGUCAUGUGUGCCGACAUCCACCCCGUCUACGGCCUCACUCUUGCCCACCUGCAACAACAGAACCCUGGUCUGAGCUGCAGUGCUCCUCUCGUUGUCGGCAUGGUGGUGAAUGUCGUCGAGCCAGAAAGCCUCACGCCCUGCUCCGUCUACUACACCACGUCACAGCUUCCUAUCCACUGCUCUCCUCCCCCAUUCUCCCCACCUCUUCUUCUCUCCCCCCCCCUCUCCCAUCCCUGCGAGUCUCUAGCCACCUACUUCUCCCUCACCUCACCGCCAGCUACUCCCAGGGCCAGCCCUCACGCCCAUCUCAUGUUCUUCUCUUCCCCUCACCCGUGUUUUGCUCUUCUCCCUCCAUGCUCCAUCCACUCGUCCUCCCGUCCACCAUCCUCCCACCAGGGCGACACGUGUGAGUCACUAGCAGCCUACUUCUCUCUCUCCAGGGGCUGUCCUUUUCAAGUUCUCACCUGUGCAGCAGCCUUCCAGGUGCUCAACCCCGGGCUGGACUGCUCCGGCAGCGGGGAGCUGGUGGGCAGCCAGGCGGUGUGUGUGGAGCGGCGGGCGGAGAGUGCAGCGGUGCUGCUCAUCCCGGUGUGCUCGCAGUUAUAUCUGGUGCAGGCUGGGGAGACGUGCGACCAAAUCCGCUCCGUGCCCUCCCCGCCGCUCUCCCCUCUCGAGUUCUUCCGCCUCAACCCCGGCAUCAAGUGCAGCCGCCUCGUGCCCAAGACUGACGUCGGCAGCAUCACAGGCUUCGAGGCGUGCAUAGGCAGCUCGUUCAGCUUCACGCAAGGAGUGUGCCCCAAGACUCGCGCGUACGUGGUUGGGACUGGCGACCGCUGA